UAGAUUUUCAGUGCUGUCUUCAGUGACUGUGCUGCAGAUAACAGCGAUGUUCUGCUUUAUCAUUGCAACAACAACAACGCCCUCGCCUGUCAACAUUUUUUUCAUGUUGGAAACAUUCCAAAACAGCGCAUUCUAAAAGCAGGCGCGUGAUUUUCUGUAAGUGCUGUCAGACAGGUUGGUCUCCCUGUUCCACCUUUCCCUCUCUCCUUUUCUCUCUCUUUCUGCGUCUGCUGUAUAAGGACACGCGGGGUUCAUUUCCUCAUUGAUUGCUCCUUCAGCAUUUCUGAUCGUGGGGACCGGGCGUCAGUGCAUUUUUGGGAUAACCCAGGCGGUUUUGAUCCCACUCUACAAAGUUACAGGGAGAAGAUGAUCUGCAGGAUCCUGCUGCUCAUCAUCCUCACCUCAUGUGUCUCUGGAUCAUUUGUAGUCAAUGUGACACAGACCUCCUAUCAGGCAGAGGAGAACCACAACAUCACACUGGAGUGGACGUUCACCACCAAACCUGACACCUUCAUCACUUCACUGAAGAUCCGCUGCAGUCGUCCAGAACUCUCAGUCCUGUUUCAUGUUCAUGAAGGUGUUGAGGUGUCAGAGUCUCAGGAUGCAAAGUUUUCAGGACGAGUCCAGAGUGACAAAGACGCCCUCAGAGAAGGACGAAUCAGACUUCAACUGUCCAGACUCAGGACUGAUGACUCGGGUCUGUACAGAUGUGAAGUGCAGACAAAUCAUGGCAGCAGCUUUCAAGAUUGUAAACUCAGCGUCACUGCAGCUGUUGAUGAGCCCAAACAUCAAACUCCAACAGUGAACCCACAGACAGAGAGUCGAGGAAGGAUCGGCCUCUAUGCUGCACUCACACUGACAGCAGCUGCUGCAGCUCUGCUCAUCACACUGAGUUUAAAAGCACAGAAAAGAAAAAACAACCAACAUGUAAACAGUCACAGUCUGAGCACUGUGGUCACCUCCACUUCUUCUUCUUCUGAGUCUCUUCCUGCUGCUUCAUCAGAUGCUCCAACCAUUAGCUUCAUCUGACUGAGGACCUCACCUCCCUGAACUCUUAGAAGCUUACGUUAAAAUGGAAGAAAAGGUUUCCGGAAGUGUUAAAAUGAUUCAAUAAGUCGUCCAAAGCUUUCAGAUUAAAUUCAUACAUUUCUGGUUCCUUCUUAUAGCAAAAUUUACAACCAAAUUCAUUUCAUAUAGCAGAACUGAUGACACUGACAACAUCCUGCAGGGUGUUGUUCAGUUUGCAGUAUUGAACUUUUGGACCUUAUCAGUAUGGACUCGACUCAGGGAGAGGAAAACAAAUUUACACACCAUCAUUUGAAACAACCAGUGUUUAAUAUAUGUGCAGUUAACAGUGAAUCACACUGUACGCCGCUAUUUUAAAUAGUAGCUGUCAUCUGAGCAUCCCUCACUCGUUUACCUAUUGGCAAAUGUGAAUGGGUCUUCGGUCAUCUGACUCUCCUAGCUGUUACAAGAAUCACCUGCAGAUUUUUUUCCUCUGAAGCCUUCUAUUAAUUGCUGGUUGUAGCUUCAGAAGCUUCCUAUUGGUCACUUUGUUUGUGAAUUGGGGGGGAGAGAAUGUGUGUAUUCAUGUAUUCAUGAUCGUUUAAGUUAUUGAGAGUGUGGGGAGUGAG